AUGCCGUCCACUGUGUCCAUGACACGGGGAAACACAGUGGUCGUCACCCACGUCCACCCUGCUAACGCUGCUGAAAACGCACAGCAGCACAACUUGGUGGGCGUCCGGAGGUUCAUCAAGGGCCAACCACAGGCGCUGGGGACGGUUCAGAUCAUCAUCGGCGUGAUGGUUCUCCUGUUUGGGAUCACGAUGAAACGUAAGGCAGAUAAUGAGCAGGACGCACUCGGAGUUUACAGCGGCGUCUUCGCCUGGGGAGCUGCGUUUUACAUCACAGCUGGAUCUCUGACAGUGGCUGCUGCCAGACGACCGAGCCGCUGCCUGGUGAACUGUGCGAUGGCGUUCAGUAUCGUCGCACUGGUCUCUGCCGUCAUAGCCACCAUCCUCUACUCUGUGGACGGUGCAAGGAUUUCACUCGACUGCUCCGAGUACGACAAUGACUACUACCAGUACAACAGAAUCUCCUGGUCCAACUGCCUCUUAUACAAGAAUCUGAUACAGGGCGUCUCAGGAGUCCUGGCCGUCUUCAGCCUGUUGCAGGUGAUCAUCUCAUCGGUCGUCAUUGGUUACGCCUGCUAUGCCACGUGUAGCUGCCGUGAAGAGACACUUGCAGAAUCUUUGGCCACUGGACAAACUGCUGCUCCCUACACUGAAGAGAUGCAGAACAUCAAAGGAGAAGCGAGCGCCAUGAUUCCUCCUCAUCCUCCAGCGUACAGCACUGUGGGUUCCAAUGUUUAAGGACUCAAGGAAUCUUAAGGAUAAGAUAGGAUAAAGAAAGUGUUACAGUAGACUCAGUAAACUGCUUAAAUCAUGAUUCAGUUUCCACUAGACGGCACUGUGUGAUAGAUAGAUAGAUAGAUAGAUAGAUAGAUAGAUAGAUAGAUAAAUAGAUAGAUAGAUAGAUAGAUAGACAGACAGACAGACAGACAGACAGACAUAUCGAUGUUUGUGUAAAGAGUUCAUCUGUCGUCACCUGACUGCUUCUUCCUCUUUCCUUUUUCUCAUCACUGGUUCUCAUCGUGUCCAUUUCCACACACAGCAGUCUGUAUAUAAAGUACCUAAAAAUGAUGCUUUUAGCGUAAAAGUACAAGUAUGUGACCAGAAAAUGACUUUGGUACAAGUUGACGUCACUUUUUUUUAUAAUUUUACUAAAGUUAAAAUCUUAAAGCUUAACAACACUCAGAGCUCUACCCCACUGGGAGCUCUACGACAUUUGGAGCUCUACCACACUCGGAGCUCUCACACUUGGAGCUCUGACACUCGGAGCACUAUGACACUCAGAGCUCUGACACUCGGAGCUCUUCCACACUUGGAGCUCUACCACACUCGGAGCUCUGACACUCGGAGCUCUUCCACACUUGGAGCUCUACCACACUCGGAGCUCUCACACUCAGAGCUCUGACACUCGGAGCUCUGACACUCGGAGCUCUCACACUCGGAGCUCUACCACACUCAGAGCUCUGACACUCGGAGCUCUCACACUCGGAGCUCUACCACACUCAGAGCUUUUGGAGUUCUUGGAGAAUUGAAAUACUGUAAUUAAAACACUAUUAUAAUAAUUAUUGCGUUUACUUGUUCAUUUGUAGAACUGAUAUAAGAAUUUAUAGUAACUGGACCUGAAAUGAGUUUCACCUGUUUAAUACAACAGGACGGUGAGAGACACGCAGUAAACUGCUGCAUGUGUGGAAGUAAAGUUAAAGAGAAAAUACCUGAACCACAUCCAGUCCUUACCUGGUCCAUUUACAUUUACAUAGAACAGUAACAUUCACUUUCAUCAUUUUAUCCUGUUGGUGUUAGAGACUCAUGAUUAUUUCAGGUAUCGAUUCAUCAAAAAAUGUUGCUCUGUUUCCUAAAUGCAGAGAAAAAUCUCGUCCCCACAGCUCAUUGUUUUGUGAUAUGCCGUUUAUU